AUGGGUAACGAACUCCUGGUUGGAUCGUUAUUGACCCUCUGGCUUGCAUGUGCAGUCCAUGGGGCAAUAUUUGAUUUAUCAGGCCUACAUUGGACUUUGAAGAAUCAAAACGGAACUAUCGCAAUUCCUGGUUCGGUUCCCUCACAAGCGCAUCUGGAUCUAGUGAAAGCUGGCAUUAUCACCGAACCUCUGCUAGGCAUCAAUGACUUCACGGAAAGAUGGGUUGUGAACGAGAAUUGGACGUAUACUGCGGACAUCACGCCCUUCCUCCAAUCUCAUAAACAGGAUACCACGCUACUCGUACUCUAUGGGAUUGACACUAUUGCGAAUAUCACUCUAGCUGGACACCCCGUAGCUUGGGUGAACAACCAGUUUCGACAGUACACGUACGAUGUCACCGAGUUCGUCAGGUCUCCCCUCCACAACGACACGAACAUCACAGUCGCCUUCGAAUCAGCCUGGUUUUACGGCUUGAAUGUUUCUUCUCGACCAGACGCUGAGAUCUUGCCUGCUGGUCUCUCGGGUGACUUUGAAUAUCCGGGCGUCCGUCGAUGGAUAAGGAAGGUCGCCUCUGAUUUUGGUUGGGAUUGGGGUCCCGCAUUUGUGCCGAGUGGUAUUCACAAGCCGGCAUACCUUGUUACGCUUCCCAGAGAUCCUCGCGGACACGUCGAAAUCGGUACGCCGCCCGUAUCACCCCACGGCGACGUGUCUUCAGGUGGAUCCGUAUUCAUCGAGGAAUCUUCAAUCGACAUCUUCAAAGUUGGCCAGAGUUUCUCCGUACCACCCAAUGAAAAGGCUGAUUGGAUACUCAAUAUCUCACUGGCGUUGCGCUCUCCGGUUGCUCAUAAAGGAGCUACUAUGCGAUUAUCUUUCCCCGAACUUAGGCUCAACUCCCGAGCAUUCAGUCUUCCCACCUUUGGAGGCGACGCUAGCCAUACGUUCUGGGUCGGCGCUACCUGGAGAAUACCAGACUCUAUACCCAAGCGCUGGUACCCUCACAAUCUUGGAAAUCCACAAUUGUACAAUUUGAGCGUUACGAUAGACCUGGGGGGCGGAAGCUCCCUGGACUUCAAUACGAGGACAGGCUUUCGUACUAUCCAGCUGGUGCAAUCUCCAUAUUCCAAAGAAGAGGUGGAACGUCGGGGGAUCACUCCCGGUGACAACUGGCAUUUCGAAAUCAACGGAAAGGCGUUCUACAGUCUAGGGACGAACAUCAUUCCCUUUGAUCCGUUCUAUGCACGAACGUCUACGGAGCAAGUUCGAUGGGUUCUAGAAAGUGCAAAGGCCAGUGGUCAGAACAUGCUUCGAAUCUGGGGUGGAGGAACGUAUCAACCUUCUAGUCCAAACGUUGCAGGGGGCGUAUACGACUUCUACUCCGCCUGCGAUGAACUAGGAAUCCUGGCAUGGUCCGAACUGAUAUUCUCAGACGCACUUUAUCCAAUCAACGAUUUUAUGCUGGAGACGAUCGAGCCUGAGGUUCGCCAGAAUGUGAGGAGAGUGAAUAGGCAUCCGAGCAAUGUCCAGUGGGCCGGGGGCAAUGAGAUUGAAGGUAUCGUAGUCUCGGCGAAUCUAUCACAAGGAGCGCCGGAAGGCAAUCAUCUCCUGAACGAGUAUGUUACCCUAUUUCAAGAUGUCCUAUAUAAUGCCGUCACUUCGGAGACCAAGUCGGUUGCCUACACGGAUUGCUCUACGACCAAAGGCGUUCUCAGCCUUGAUCCCUACGUACUGAGAUUUGAUAACGGUUCCUCUGAUGCGAUAUACGGCAACUCAGAGCGUUACAACUACGAUGCCGCCGUUGCCUUUGAUUACCACACGUUUCCGUUGAGUCGGUUUGUGAAUGAGUUUGGAUUCCAUUCAAUGCCAUCCUUUUACUCUUGGGAGGAAGUGCUUGAAUCGCCAGAGGACUUCUUCUUUAACUCGACAGUGGUUACAUCCAGAGAUCACCAUCCUCCUGCUGGCAAUCUCGACUUCCCUAAUCCCAACGGUAUCGAUGGCCAGACUCAGAUGUCCGACGCUGUCAAGAUGUGGCUCCCUACACCCUUUACAUCAGAUACGAACCAAACCUUUGCUCAGUGGUGCUGGAGUACUCAAGUAUUCCAAUCCAUGGCUAUGGUCGCUCAGGUUGCAUGGUAUCGGCGCGGUGCGGGCCAAGCAGAGAACAAUCUGGGAGCGCUCGUCUGGCAGCUCAAUGACAUCUGGCAAGGCGUUAGUUGGUCUAGCAUCGAAUACUCUGGCCGAUGGAAGGUGCUCCAUUACGGCGAGACGGGCAUCUUCUCCCCGGUCAUCAUCUUCCCAUUCUGGGACGCAGCAAGUCAGCUGUUGGAGGUUAUGGUCACUUCGGAUCGGUUGGAAACUGUUUCAGGACAGGCUCAGUUGACCUGGUACGACUGGCAUGGAAGGCAACUCCAAACGAGCAAGCACCAGUUCAAUGUGCCGGCCUUGAAUAACUCCCUCGUCUUCAACCAGACGGGGCUCAGCAACAUACUUCCGAAGGGUCACGACCAAGCCGAUGUAUGGCUUCUUGUAAACGCCACGGCGCAAGUUGAAGGGCGGGCUGUAAUCAGUGAGCAAUAUUUCACGCCCACAACGCUCGCGAAAGCCAAGUUGGUUGAUCCUCGAAUUCAACUCACCAGUGGGCCGGACCUUACGUUCACUCUUUCGGCGAAGGGUGGUGUUGCUCCCUGGACAUGGAUGGAUCAUCCUUUUGGUAGCGUCGGGCACUUCGUCGAUGCUACCACGGGUAUACCAACCAACGGCUUCUAUCUUAUUCCAGGGACCGAUAAAACUCUGAAAUUCAUCGUCAACCAAUCUCUAUCAAAGAAUGGUAUGCCAAAAGCAGAGGCAUUCGUCGUUCGUUCCCUGUGGAACAACACUCAUAAAUGA